UCGUAUAUAUUUGUUUAUUUUGACAUAAUUACCACGACAAUAUAGUAGUAUCUAGCUUUAUUAUGAUUCGAUUAUUCGGUAUCAAGUGGAAUGAACUCGUAAAGCUGUGACUAAGGUGAUACUUUACAAAUCAACAUGCAGUCGGAAUGGUGGAGGUUAAAUAUUGUUCAGGAUAAGGUUUAAUAUAUCGAAGAAUGAAAAAAAGUUAAGGAAAAUACCAGUGCAUAAUGUGUAACAGUCACGGAAUUCUCGUGCUCAUCGCGGCAUGUGCAGUUUGUGUGAUGCAGGCCAAUGCGAACACACAAGAAACCUGCUGUAUUAGACCUAUGAACAAAGAUGAUGUCCAGUACCUGAGAGAUUAUUCAGUGAUGCAUAUUUUUGAAGUUCAGAUUUACAACGAAUCCACGGAUCCACUCCGAUCUGAUGUAUCAAGAACAUACAAGCCGUGGAAAUGGUAUCGUACAACAUCUGAACACGGCAAAACACUUCUGACAUUAUCCUUUAACUUUGAUGUUUUAUCUCUUUCAAUUCUUACGAUUGGAGUUGAAAGAGUUAACCUUAAAAUAAAAGAUAUUCCAGAAGGCUGUUUUGGAAAUCUAACGGCAGAGGAAAGGGUGGAUAUGUUGCGAGAUAAAGUCUUUGAUAACUUUAAAAGAAAUAGAGUCAAGAAGAAGGUUCCUGGUGAGGAAGAUAUAAACGCUGAAGUAAAUGAGGAACCCGAGAUUAUAUACGUUUGUAACAAUAUUGUGAGAGAUGAAAAUGGAUAUGCUGAAUUUGCUAACCGUUGUUGUGCUAGAGAUUCGGACGGAAACGUAACGUGCUCGGAACAUGAAGAUAAUUUCUGGAUAACAGUUCUGUACAUUUGUAUUUUUCUCGUGAAACUCAUGCUGUUUAUGUUCGCGCCCUUGUUGGUUCCGUCUAAUAUGUACACUGCUUCUUAUGUGGCAUCUGAAUAUGUCGUAAAACUGAAAAAUGAAGUAAAAAUGAAAGUAUUUGUUAGUGAGAGCAAAACAACAUCUGUCCGUUAUAAAAAUCGACUGUCAGCAGAAGACUUUUCGGACUGGUACAGAUUUAAAGAAAGCGUUGCUGCCCUACCGCUCGACACAAUCUGUGACGUAAAAGUUCCUGAACUGAGAAUAAAAGUGAAAGGAAAGCGAAUAAUCCCAGCAAACGAACCACCAACGGGGCUUCUUAGAACUGCAUAUGACAAUCUCAUACGAUGUAAAAUUAGAGGAUUACAACCUUUUAAGGACUGUUGCAGCGCAAGUAUUUAUGCUUCACUUCAGCCAUUGAUAAGACACAAGUGUACAUGGGAAGACUUAGUUCUGAUUUUUAUCAAAGUAGUAAUGUUAUUUCUGGUUCCCUUUCCAUUCUACCUACGUACUUUCAUCUACUACCGGUUUGAGGAGGAAGAACUUCAACAGCGGAGAGAUAUGAUCCACGAACUCGGCUUUACACAAAGAUAUUACCCUUUUAGAAUGAAUAUUGUUCAGUAUCUGACACCCACACACGGGUUGUUUAUAUCUGCUUAUUCAAUGUACAUUAUUUGUGGAAUAAUUAUUGGAUUUUCUGAAGAUUAUAUCAAAGACAAACUGAAGUCAAUAGUCAGAUCGGCAUUCCAUGACAUGCAGAAUGUUUCGCGCACUAGUGUUCUUCAAAUAGUUCUCGGAUUUCUUCUGUGGCCUUUCCGAAAGAUAGGACUCCUUGCUCUGCUGACAUGUCCAAUAAUAAGUGCGCUCACUGCGCCUGUGUGGUGCUCAGUGUUUGUAUUAUAUUCAGUGCCUACUGUUUAUCUCGCAUACCGACUCAUUUAUCAUUCCAAAAAGAAACUUGGUAGCGACAGUAGUUUUUUCGAGUCUGACAAACCGCUUGGAAAAACCAAACAAAAAGUGUACAAAGUACACAAGAAAUUAGUAAAAAUUGACAAAAACGUACAUAUUAAACGGGCAACAUUUCCCGAUGAGGAGAAAAGUAGUCCGUGUAUUUCAGGAUAUGGCAGAUUAUCCGCAUUAAGGAGAUUUCUCGCUCAAAUAUUGGUCAGCGUGUUUUGUGUUGUUGUCCUGACCGCGACUGUUUUAUUGUUUGUAGAAGCAUGUGGAGUUAUAGUGGAAGUGCUCGUGUUUACCAUGAUGGGUAUUAUAGUGAACGCAGGUGCUACGUUACGUUACGUCAGUAUGGUGCUCCUUGUCGUUGUUUACAUGCACAGUUGCUAUGACAAUGUUUACGAUAACUACUUAACAUUUAAUGGGACGAUAAUCGAUGACGUAAUGGACAGGGUGGAAGAUCUAAAGAAAAUUGCAAGUUUGCCAUCCAGUAUGCAAGAAAAUGCUGCAUUUCAGGUGAAACCAGUAGAAGCUGUGGAUGAGAUUCCUACUAGUUUAAACUUGGAGAAGAAAGAGCCACAAUGGCGUAUUGGACACCUCUUAUUGUUCUUCGACUCUUUCGAUACACCAAGAAUUCCAUUGAAUCUGUUUAAGAAACUGUGUGAAGUGAGAGUCCAUGGUGCCCCUGGACCAGUUUAUAUCAAUUUACUGAAAGCUACAGGAAAGUUUUCUAUAAUUGUCAUUUUUCUCUUCUUUGUUAUGAUUGUUGUUAUGGCAUUCGGAAGUGCUAACCAAAUGUCCUCAACAAAUCAGACAUUGGCUACUCUUGCUGGUGGAUUUGUUCCAAUGUUGCUCAAGAACGUUUUGUCCUCUAAAGGAGUAAAAUUGAAUUUGAAAACUCUAAGCUUUAAAGGGCAGAUUGACGAAAUUGUGUCAGAAUAUAAACAAAAUUGGCCGAUAUAUGAUUUAAUUGUGGAGCAGUAUGAUCCAAAAGCUGAAGAAGAAGAAAAGGAAAAAGAAAACGAAGAAAAUAAAGAAAAGGACGAAAAAGGUAAAUCUGACCACACUGAAAAGGUAGCAGAAGAUGAAAAGGAAAACGAGAAACAAAAUAGAGAACAGUCAGAGAAGAAAACCGACACACCUGCUCUGUCAAGAGCUGGUUCUACAUUGGCUUUGGCAAUGAAUGUUCCAGCUGCAGGGAGCACUUUAAUGCCACCAGAUCCAUUUCAUGACAGUUCAGAAGAUCUUCGUCCAAUUGGAGUGCCACAGAAUAAGGGACCGGCAUGGUUUCGUCGUUUAUCAAUUUGUCCUCAAGAAGACAAUUUUGUGGAUCUUUUCAUUGACUUAAGUGAACAGGAAGGUGUGUCACCAUGGCAAUGGAUGUACGGUUCAAAUGAAUCAGUUGGCGAAUCUAUAACGAUGAUGAAUGAAAUCGACACUGCAGAAGUUGACAAACGUAUGCCAUAUAAUCAAAGGGUUAAUAAUCAUAUGAAUAACAAUAUUGAGACUCUUUAGACGAACACAUCCGAGAGUGAGAAAACAUAUGAUCUCAUCCCUCUUUGCUAUCUUCUUUACUCUCUACUGAGUUGAGAUUAUCCUACAAAUAUUGGUAUGUUUGGUUUGACACAUUCAGCCAAAGAAAAAACAUCCCGCCGGUUUAUAGGUGAAAGUUUUUGAUGUUCAUCAGCGUCGUUGAAUGUCCAUGAAAUGCGCGUCAUUGUCAGCAUUGUUUUAUUACGUUGGCGUUAUUUGCUUUAGACUUGUGCGUUAUGGGGUCGUAAUGCGUUACGUUGUUCUACGGAACUUGUAUGGAUGUAAAAAGGUGCGUUAACAGCGCGUGAAUCUUUCUAUAAACACACGUUCACUCUCCGGUUUAAACAAACCCCGAAAACGACAAAAAUAGCAGUUUUAUGCUAGAACCAACGUUUAUUUAAGAAAUAAUCAAGGCCUUCGAGUGGUUUAUCGUCUAAUUUACCACGGUUCAGAGUUCAGAUGCGUAGGGAUUGAAUCACGAGUGGAUAAAUACUGAAGCAUCUGAACGAUGAAACGUUGUUAAUUAGACGAUAAAUCACAAGAAGGCCUCGACUGUUUUCAUUCCGAUAUGCUCAUUGACAUUGUUCAAUAAAUACUGUGAUGGACUUCAUUUACCUGAGGAGUAAUGUGUCGGACGUCAUGCGGCAAUUUUACGUCAUAAUUGACGUUAUAAUGCUCUCUUACCGGUCCGCGCGUCAACCUCACAGAAUAUAUAGAGCUUGAUUUCAAUCUUAGUUUAACUGGAAAUCAAAUCGAGCCAUGUUAGAAUAACCUGUUCCUGUAAUGGCUUUGCACGUUAUACUGUUUAAUUCCGAGUGUGAAACUUUCUAGUACAGGCUUAGAUUUAUCAUAAUUAUUUUCUAUUUCGUGUUUACACUCUUUGAAUGUUACAACUAAUCACAAUGACUUUGUAUAAAAUAAUUUUAAAUAAGCUAGAAUGAGACAUUAACCGCGGUAGCUGCGAUAUAUUUGGAAAUAAUUUAAUUAAUUUUAAGCCUUCAAUUCAGUAAGUCUAGCAUUUUGCAUAAAUACGUGCUAUUUUUCCUUUUGUUUUUGUUAUAGAAAAAAAAACGAUUAAAAUCUUAGAAAUCA